UUCAGCUCACCUCCUUCCUCCUACCUUUCCUCUCCCUAUCUCUCGCUCCUCCUCGCGCGCUCUCGCUCCCUCUUCUCACCUCACACCUCACCCUUUUUUGGAUUCUUCUUCCCAGGCAUCGCCUGUCUGCCCUCAUUGGCCCAAGCCCACCUCCCCCUUUGUGGAAUCCUAAAUUCUUGCCUCCCCUCUGCUUCUUCCACCUGCCUCCCCAACUAGGGAAAGGAGCAAGCAAAACAACUAGCCGCAGCCAGCUAGCCAGCCAGAGCCAGCUAGCCGCGCCCACACCCCGCGCCGCCCGCUUCUACUGGCGGGCCUCUGCGAUCCGUCGUGUGUAUGCGCGCCGCCCUCCCCUCCUCGUCGCCGCCGCAAGAUUCUCCCGUUCUUGCCAUGCGCCGUCGUCAGGGGUUCCUGUGUACGUGCUGAUGAUUGCGAGCGGGAGUAGGUAGGUAAGCUGGUGAAUGGGAGCCAAGGCAAUGUCGUCCCACGGCAGCGGCGGCGGCGGCGGGGCCGUGUCGCGGCAGGGCUCGGUGUGCAGCCUCACGUUCGGCGACGCGGACGCCCAGCUGCACGGCGUCAACCUGGACGACCUCCUCCGCGCGGGGCGGAAGACGGUGGACGAGGUGUGGCGGGACAUCCAGGGCGCCGCGGCCUGCCCGCGGGCCCAGAUGACGCUCGAGGACUUCCUGUCCAGGGCCGCCGGCCCCGGCACCGGCGCGCCCGCCGACGCCGGCGCGCGCGGCUGGGCGCACCAGCUGUACCAGCCGGGCCCGGCGCCGCAGCUGGGCCACCACCACCACCCGGCCGUCGGGCGCCCCGUGCCGUGGCCGCUCGGCGUGGGCGCCGGGCCGGUGCUGGACGCGCUGUACUACGACGGGCACGAGGGAGGCGGCGCCGCGGCGGCGGCCGGCGGGAAGCGGGCCGGCCCCGAGCGCGGCGUGGCGGAGCGGUCGAACGAGCGGCGCAAGAAGCGGAUGAUCAAGAACCGGGAGUCGGCGGCGAGGUCGCGCGCGCGGAAGCAGGCGUACACCAAGGACCUGGAGAUCAAGAUCUCGCAGCUGGAGGAGGAGAACUUGCGGCUCCGGGGGCACAAGGCACCGGAGCCGGUAGCGCAGUAUGUGCCGCCACAGGAGGUCAAGAGUCAGCUCCGGCGGACUAACUCGGCCAACUUCUGAUCAUGUUAAUAGUAGUAGUGAACUGUCCUGGCAGUAGGGUUUGUUCAAGUUGUAACCGCCCUGUUGGGAAUACCCAGCUAGUAAGUAGUAAGAACUCUUCUAUGCAGCCCCCAACUUGCAGCAUGAAUCUGGGUAUUGUUGCAAACCAUAGCACCCCUACCAUGUAGUUGUUGCGGCAAUCUUGCCAUCUAACUGAUCCGAUGAUUUCUGCAACCUAUGAUUGCAAGAGUGUUUAACAGAUAAGCAGUUGUGCUGUAUGAUCACCCAAGGGGGAAAAAUGUGGCUUCCUUCUAAUUCAGUUGUCUCUGACACACUAAUCUAUUCAGCUCUUCUUCUUUUU